AUGGGACUACAGAAUAGCAAUCGGAUACAACGCCGCCACAAGAGCUAUAUUGCGCCAGCGGGCGAGCAAGCCAGACCAAUAACGGGCUUCUACGCAGAAAUCCUCAAGAAGGCACGAUCCCAAGUUACACCCUUAACACGCACCGACCCGAAUCCCCCACCACCUGAGUCCCUCCCCAAAACUCAAAAGGAGCAAACUCUUGAGAAAGCACGUAUAGUCUUCGGCUCCAAACUUGCUGGUCCAGCAGAGCGCCGAAAGGAAAUCACAGAGGCAUCACAAAUAAUUGCAGGCGUCACCGUACCACCGAAACCUAGCGAACCGGACAAUUGCUGCAUGUCUGGGUGCGUGAACUGUGUGUGGGAUUUUUAUAGAGACGAUAUGGAGGAGUGGGCGGAGAAGAGUGCGCAAGCCAGAGCGGCGAUGCAGGCACAGAGACAGAAAGGAGAAGGUACGGGGAGUAUGGUGGCGGGGUCUGGGCAACCGAGCCAUGUUGCUGUUAGUAUGGAUGAUGAUGGAGGUGGGAGUGAGACGAAUUGGAUCGCAGGUGCAGAGCAGGCCCAUCUUUUCGAUGAUAUACCGGUGGGUAUAAGGGAAUUCAUGAGGACGGAGAAGAAGUUAAAGCAGAUGCAUAAGAAAGAAGAAGCUGCUACUGCUUAA